CUGAGUUCUUCUGGAAAUCAUUGAAAGCCAAGCAUUCUACAAUGAAGGGUUUUCUGGCUUUUCUUGUUGUAAUGGGCAUCGUGGUGACACUGGGCGAUGCAUACUGCUUUUCUGAAGCCUACAAGCCAGGGCAGGCCACCAAAGGCUGUUUCAUAGAUGGAAAACUAUAUCCUUUUGGAGAGAUUGAGAGGACAGAAAAUUGCCACAGAUGCAGCUGCAGCCAAACCCGACUAUCUUGCUGCACACUCUUUCAUACUCCUAUUGGUUAUGACAAAGAGAACUGUGACGCUGUUUUCAACAAGGAAACUUGUGACUAUGACGUGGUGCAGAAGAACGACCCCUCAAAGGAGUGUUCCGUCUAUUCUCGUGUGGGCUAACUACUUACC